AUGGCACAGGGCAGGGAAAGGAACAAUUUUGUUCCAAGAACAGCAUGUGUCUCACCGUUUUGGAAGCAUUCUACGCCGAGCAAUGUCGUAACUCUGAGAAUGCGCCCACCUCAAACUCCUUUUACUUCGCUUGACACAUUCAUGGCUGCUCAUAGUCCUCAGAGAUUUUGCCAAGCAAGACAAAAAUACAUAUUAAGUGAGUUUUUCUCGUUUCCUGACUGUUACGUGUACAUAAAUGACAAAAGCCGAAUAGUUACGUUUUAAAUAUUUGUGGCGCGCGCAAUAAUCAAACCAUAAUAGAAUUUUGUUUUAAGCACCCAAAAUUGAAUGUUUGUUUUUUUACUUGAAGAGCCUUUGACGGUGGAUAAAGGAAUAACGGAUGCUGGAUACGCUCCUGUCCAGCAGAAGACAAGAAACAACCCGAAGUAAGUAACGACCGACCAAAACAAUUUUUCGAUUGAAGGAGAUUCGGAUUUUUGUAAAAUGCAAUGACUUAUAUAAAUGGCAGCUCGACUACGUAUUCUAAAGGGCCUCAGUCCAUAAAUAUUGGUAGGUGCGAUGGUGUUGCAAAAGGAAGGUUUAACGUAUUGUUUUUUCUUUCCUCCCUUGACGAUAGUAAAAAUAGAAACUCGUCAAAUCGAAGAUCGGAAACUGUGUUUACAAAGUCUUUCCAAUUACUGAGUUUAUUUUAUUAAGAGUUGUGGUCAACAAUAUUAAAGCUAAUUGAGAUUUUUGUUAAUAUACUGAAAGAAUUUCAGGCCAAAACGGACAUGUUGCACGUUGUACAGGACCGUUUCGCAAAUAACCAGUCGAGUUCAUAUUUUCACGCUUAGCCUUUUUUCGCCCUUUGAAAAAACAGACAGAAUACUAUUCUUUUAAAACACAAUAAAAAUGAUUAACUGACAAAUGAUAACUUUUUAAGCCUAUAAUUUUAUUUUGUUCCAAGGUUUUCUGUGAUAAUAUCACUAAAACUCAAUAAUUUACCGUUAAUUUAUAGAACUUUUUGAUGCUAAAUGGCUGCUUUAAGAAGCUUCAAAUCGUUAGAUUAUCAGUAUUUGUUUAUACUUUAUGAAGACAAAAUAAUUUUGUCAAUAUUAGUGUUAUGUUUCCCUAGCAACUGUAAAAUUUUCCAGGUUAAUGUCAUGUUAAACCAAUGUUAAAUAUUGCAUAGACCAGUUCAUUAAUAUCUUCCUUUAAGGAGCAAACUUUUUGAAUUUUAUCCUAAGAAACUGUUCGAGAUUGAACAUGUAGGUUUUAGGGCUGGUCGUUUAUCACCCGUGGAGGGGAGGGGGGGGAAGGGGGGGGAGUCAUUUUGCGGGGAGGUCAUUUUCAAAAUCUUGAUUGGCUUUGAGACGUCAUUUUCAGAUUAGGGAGCGUUACCUGUGGGUCAUUUUAAUAAAUUUCUUGAAAGUAAAACAAAUUAAGCAGUAACAAGCAUGAAUUGAACUUGAAACAUCCGUAAUACUUAACACUGAUCUUAUACACGUGACUGUAGAUAAAGUUUGUGGUGAACUUCUUCAUGAUUUGUAGCAAGUAGAACAGGCAUCAUUUUGUUUUGUGUUUUUCAGGUGAGAGAAGGCAAGCACCUCAUCUGAAAAAUGCCGAAAAUUAAUCCCUGUUCCACGGGCUACACGAUUUGUACUUAGAAUGUUCGUAGUUUCCACAGCAAUCAUAAGGGGGGGCAGGGGGUCACUUUCACAAUAGUUUUAAUUUAUGAGGGGUCAUUUCUAAAAAGUUAAGAAUAAUUGGGGUGUCAGUUUGAAAAUCUUUUAAGCUUUCUCAAAAUGCCUAAACAAGCAGUUCCUAAAGCAGAAAAUGAAAUUUUGGUCAAGAUGGUUUUAACCUAGCUAGUUUGAUUGUUGAUUUCUUAUCAUAAUCAUAAAGAAUAAUGGUUAGGGGACAAAGAACACUAAGUAUCAAAUUAGGGUGAAACUAUUUUAAUCUGGAGUGUAUUUUGAACUUCCAUACAGGGUUGUAGCUCCUAUAAGCUCUUUCUCAUGAUUUCUGUCAUUUCUAUAGUGAUGCAAGAUGCAAGAGUGUUAAACAGCAGCGACAGAGUCAGUUUACUCACAGGAGCCCACAAAGUAACACAUAUACGACAACUGACAGUAGCUGUAGUGAUGGAGAAAACAGAGUUUUGCCACUUGGAAAAUGCAAAAUAAACAAUGAAGAACUUCUUUCAAGUGAUGGAGCUGCAGAACUUUACAGAAGUAGCUUUUUUCGACCAGGACCAAAGAUUCCAUUGACUUUUAAUCGCAGUACAUCUAUACCGACAAUGCCUCACAGUGCCAGUGAUCUCAUUGCUAUUGGGACAAUACCGAUCACAUCACAACGACAGACUCCAGUUAAACCUAUGUCCAGGUGA